GUAGGCUGUGAAAAGGCCGGUGGGAACGUGCCUUCCUGGAGCACCCGCUUCCUGCCAGGGCUGAGCUGGGGCAGCGCUCACACGCACCCCUCCCCGCUGAUGGCUGGCACUGUGCUCGGCGUGGGGGCCGGUGUGUUCAUCUUAGCCCUGCUCUGGGUCUUCACGCUGCUGCUGUGUGCGCUGUUAUCGCGAGCCUCCGGGAUCCCUAGGUACUCCAUCAUUUUCCUAUUUCUUGGUGCUGUGCUCAUCACCUCAGUGUUAUUGCUGUUACCCCGAGCCAGUGAAUUCCCAGCCCCAGAGGUGGAAGUGAAGAUUGUGGAUUCCUUCUUCAUCGGCCGCUGUGUCCUUCUGGCUUCCCUAACUGCUGUCUUCCUGGGAGCCCUCUUCUUGGUUCUAAUUCAUCACAUCCUGGAGCCAAUCUACGCCAAGCCACUGCGUUCCCACUGAACACUGUUUGAGAAAACCGAGACCCUGUUCUCACCUCUGCUCAGAUGUCACCGAGGAGCAAAGUUCUGCCACUGCCAUGUGCCUCGUGCCCCGAGGUCAGGGGACUAGCCCUUCAUUGCUGGGACAAGUCCCUGGAGUCCUGACCUCCAGAACUGAGGUUGCGAAAUGUUCCCCACACAGAUAGAUUCUCACCAGCGUAAGAGGACACUGCUGUCUUCUUAGCGCCCAGCCCUCGGCUUUUCCAUCAGUGUUGAAAGGGAAAAAGUAACAGCGAUCUGCUGAAGUAGAUUUUCAACCAAGAUGCUAAUAAGCAAUUUGGGGAAAAGGAGCUCUGACUGCUGCUAUCCAGCAGGUGAAGUCCUUUUUGAUCAGAUGUACCCUACUUACUUACAAGGCGAGGGCCAGGGGCAGUUAUUUCUGCCCUAGAACUGGCUCUUACUCUGUGUGGGAAAACAUUCCACACGAGACUUUAUCCAAAAAAGCCAUGAAGGGAAAGAGUCUCUCUGUCUGUCCUACAGCCCCUAGGUAGGGAAAGAAAGGAGAACAAUUCUACAAGCAAGUGGAGGAGAGAAAGGAGAUUGCUGAGGCGCUCAGGAAAGUAGGGCGAGCUGGGUCAGGCCGUCAUGACCCCCAGGAUGCCUGUGCUGAAACUUCCAGAGGCCUGUGCAGGGGGCUGAGCCACCCAGAGGCAGCGUGAAUACCUAACAGGCACAGACUGCCCUUUGUCCCCUCUCCUCAGAGAUUUGCUGAAGGAGCAAGUUUAGGAAAACUCCUUUAUCUUUUUUUUUUAUUCCCCCCAAAAAUAUCCAGCAACUGAUCAUUGUUGUGAUGUGCCAGAUACUAGCAGCAUGGAGAAUAUGUUUUAACAUCAGAAACUACAUUCUCACCCAAGUAUCCUCAGUAUUUCUUUCUACACAGAUGUAAAUACUGGUUUAUGUGCUUUGGGAAAAAAAAAAAAAA